AUGCAGAAAGCAACCUACUAUGACAACUCCGGGCUGUUUGGAGGCUACACCUACCCCAAACCAGACUCGUACAACUACGGCCCGGCACACCAGCCCUACCCGGCCCCCAACAUUGACAGUGACUACCAGGGCUCGGUGUGCCCCAUCCAGACCUCUGCGGUCCGGCCACCGGCCCUCAAGGAGGCCGACCUGAACGGAGACUGCAUGCGGCAAAGCGGCGGCCAAAGCACCGGCAGCAGCACCGGCAGUAGCAGCAGCCAGGCCAACGGCAUCUCCGAGCAGCAGCCGCCCCCCCUGUCCGCCUCCUCCCCCAGCCCCAACAGCUCUGCCGCCCCGAAGAAGAAGUCUCCCUCCGGCAGCGCUUCCGGGUCGGCCACGCCGGCCCUCACCAAGCAGAUAUUCCCCUGGAUGAAAGAGACCCGCCAGAACUCAAAGCAGAAGGGCACCAGCUGUGCUGCUGCAGGUGGAGAGGUGAGCGAUGAGAAGAGCCCGCCAGGACCGGCCUCCAAACGGGUCAGAACUGCCUACACCAGCGCGCAACUGGUGGAGCUGGAGAAGGAGAUGAAAUACAAAAAGGACCAGAAGUCUAAAGGGCUCGCUCACUCCCCCCUGGGACACUCCCCGGACAGAAGCCCGCCGCUGAGUGGACCAAACCACGUCGGAUACUCUGGCCAGCUGCAGAACGUGAACAGCCUGAGCUAUGACGCGCCCUCGCCCCCGUCGUUUGCCAAACCCCAGCAAAACAUGUACGGCUUGGCCGCGUACACGGCGCCGCUGGGAGGCUGCAUCCCGCAGCAGAAGAGGUACCCGGGCACCGAGUACGAACACCACGGCAUGCAGAGCAACGGAGGCUUUGCCAACGCCAAUUUGCAAGGCAGCCCCGUUUACGUGGGUGGGAAUUUUGUUGAUUCCAUGCCAGCCUCGGGCCCCAUGUUCAAUCUCGGCCAUCUUCCCCACCCCUCAUCCACCAGUGUGGACUACAGCUGUGCCGCCCAGAUCCCUGGAAACCACCACCAUGGACCCUGCGAUCCCCACCCCACAUACACAGACCUCACCUCCCACCAAGCGUCUCAGGGAAGGAUUCAGGAAGCGCCUAAACUCACACAUUUGUAA